AUGGAAGAGGAUUCCUCUAAGGACAAAAACUUGCACACCAAGAAAGAGCCACGCUAUAGAGGAGUCCGCCACCGGCCAUGGGGAAAGUUCGCCGCCGAAAUUCGAGACCCCGCUCGGCACGGCGGUCGAGUAUGGCUCGGGACAUUCCUCACGGCGGAGGAGGCUGCUAGGGCUUAUGACCGUGCUGCCUUUGAGAUGAGAGGUACUUCAGCCAUUCUCAACUUUCCAAAUGAGUAUCCUUCAUCUUCUUCUUCUACCACUUCCUCUUCAUCAUUACCAUCUUCUUCUUCCUCAUCUUCUUCAAUGCUUAAAAACGAUCAUGGUAAACAAGUUAUUGAGUUUGAGUGCUUGGAUGACAAAUUGUUGGAGGACCUUCUUGACUGUGAUGACUAUCCCUACCAGAAAGACUUGCCUAAGAAAUGAACAUUAAUUAAUAAUUUGUAACAUUUUUCUAUGCUAAAUUAUUCAUUUCAACGCACCUAAAAAAAAUAGCAUAUACCUACCAUAAUGUCUUCAUCAUAAAUAGUUUUA